UAUUUUGAGGUAAAAAGACAUUAAUUUUUAUCUCUUCAAAAAGUAAACAACUAAGAAAAAAGAAAAUGUUGGAAUUCUAUUUUAAUAACAAACACAUUCUAUCAGUUAAUAAUGACUGCAAGUUCUCUGAUCUUCUAGAAUCAAAAUUGCAUCUGCAAAAUAAGGAGUUCUACUUCAUAUCGAAUGGUAAACUUUGGUCGCAAAUUGAUGGGGCCAAAAAUGAUGCGAUUAUACAUAUUGUACCAAGGAUGUGCGGUGGAAAAGGUGGAUUUGGAUCUAUGUUACGAGCAAUUGGGGCACAAAUUGAGAAGACUACAAAUAGAGAAGCUUGUCGGGAUUUGAGUGGAAGGAGAUUACGGGAUAUCAAUGAGGAAAAAAGGCUAAAAAAUUGGAUUGAACAACAGUCGCAGAGGGAAGAUGAAGUGGAAGAUAAAAAAUUGAAGAAACUGGAAAAGUUGGUCCAGAAGCCCAAGCACGAGUUCAAGGACGAGACUUACGAGAAAGAACGUUCGGAGUUGUCGGAAAGAUUGGAAGAAGCUAUAAGUCAAGGUUUGGCUGCUGGAUCUUCCCAAGGCAACAAACGGAAACAUGAAGUUGAUGAUAAAAAGAAGAAAAUGAAAAAGAAGAAGAAGGCCUUAUGGAUCGACGACGAAUUGAGCGGAUUGUCGAGUUCCGAUGACUGUGAUAGUGAAUCUGAGGAUAGUCCAGUUGCUAAGGAUAAUACAGAUAAAAUUGAGGAUGAUGCUGAAACGACGAAUGGGAAUGAUAAAGUUGAUAGUGAAGAGAAGAAUAGUGUUUAGAAAUUGUGUUACUUUUAAUUGAAUUUAUUUAUAUGGUUUUCAAUGUUAAA